AUUAUUGGUUUCUCCACUAUUUAAUGGAUGUUAUUAUACAUAUAAACCUUCCUCUUCAAUCACUCUAUCUAUUAAAAAAACCGCAUCAAAAUCCGUUGCGUAGUUUUAAAGAUUUAAGCAUACAUAGGUAGAUAUAGGGACAGAGAAAGCGACUUUGUUUUAUACUAUGUCGUGAUUAACCAUUAAUUAACCAAUAACGUCAUAUCGAAUUGUCACACAAAAGAUUUUGCUCAUUUGUAACUUUAAGGCAAAUACCAAUUUAAUACAUUACAACACUUACGUAGAGAAGACAGUGACCUUGAACGAUAACAACGGCUAUUCGGCGUCACGCCUGUUACAUUAAAAUUGUUUUUGACAAAACCCGAUAACAUUACAUAACAAUCGCACAAUAUAUAUACAACAACAACGAUUUAUAAGUUUACUUACACGGUUAAAAUAAUGAUUGCUUUUGCAACAACUACUUACCUGACAACUUGAUGCGUAAUUUACAUAAUAAAAAUGUUGAUUUAUUAAAAAUUUUGCCGGUUUAGAUAUUUUUUAUCAGUGUUAGUGCAGUGCCAAUGUUUGUUACAAGAUACGAUAAAAGAGAUAAUACAAUAAUUUUGGUCUUCAGUAGCGAUGUCUUUGGCAGGGAAAGGGAUAUUCAUAAUUGGCGCAAAACGUACGCCAUUUUGCAACUAUGGCGGCCCGCUAAGAGACGUACAAGCGUGCCAUCUUUUCGCAGCCGCAGCAAAGGAUGCAAUUCGUGCUGCCAAUAUUGAGGCUAGCGUAAUAGAUCAAACUGUGGUCGGCAAUGUUAAUUAUCUAAGUCAAUGUGAUGGAGGAAAGACUCCAAGAUAUUGCGGGAUUUAUUCCGGAUUACCCAUUGAGAGACCAGCCUUAGGCGUCAGCAAAGCCUGCGGUACUGGAAUCCAAGCCGUCAUUUCUGGUGCUGUGGAUAUUGUUUUCGGAACGUCCAAUGUCUGUUUAUCUGGAGGCACAGAGCAAAUGUCCUCGCUACCGAUGUUAGUCAGAAAAUUGCGAUUCGGAACUGCUCUUGGCGCUUCAUAUCAAUUCGAGGAUCAUAUACAGAGGGAGUUCUUGGACAGUCACACGGGGAGGUCGUUACAGAGAAUGGCCGAGGAGACGUCUAAGAAAUACGGCAUUGGAAGAAAGAAUGUUGACGAUUAUACUGUACAGAGUUACGAUAAAUGGAAAGAAGCAGUGAGAUCGAAACUGUUCAUUAACGAACUAACAAGCCUUAGUGUGAAGAUUAAAAAGAAAGAUGUUCUAGUUGAGGCAGACCAACCGUGCCAACUGGAUGUUAGCGUUGAAAGUUUAAACGCACUUCCUGCGUUAAUAGACAACGGGGAUGUUGUAACUGCCGGCAAUUCUGCUGCACCAGCGGAUGGCGCUGCUGCCCUAGUCCUCGCGAGCGAAGAAUCCGUUUUAACCCAAAACCUAAAACCCCUGGCAAGAUUGGUCGGGUGGACAACAGUCGGGGUAGACCCUCAGGACACUGCAGCAGGAGCUAUUGAAGCCGUGAGGAAGUUGUUGAUCCAACAUAAAUAUGGAGUCAACGAUGUAGAUUUAUUUGAGAUAAACGAAGUUUUCGCUUCACAAGCAUUAAUAGCUGCGAUCGAAUUAAAAUUGGACGUCUCAAAACUGAACGUGAAUGGCGGAGCUCUGGCUUUCGGAAAUCCGGUGGCCGCUACCGGGGCUAGGAUGAUCGUCCAUCUUGUUCAUGAACUAAGACGACGCAACUUGAAAAGGGCAGUCGCCGCUUCCAGCUGUGGGGGCGGACAAGGCGUGGCUGUACUGUUGGAGAAUACGGGAUAAUCGUCUACGGAAAUUCUCAGUCAACGUUACAUAAAUCAUACUAUUAGGUCCUUACAUAUGAAAUUGGGGUUUUGUACGGGAAGAACAAAGUUUUUUUUUUUUUGUAAAAUAUAUUUAAUUAAUAAAGUAUGUACUAUGUACUGUUAUCUAUGCACUUUGGCCAUCUUUGGUGAUGGAGCGAAUUAUAAAUAUACAACUCCUGAAGUAUCUUGAAGAUCGCCAGCUGAUCAGUGACCGACAGUACGGUUUCCGUCACGGUCGCUCAGCUGGCGAUCUUCUUGUAUACCUUACUCACAGGUGGGCUGAAGCCUUGGAGAGCAAGGGCGAGGCUCUUGCUGUGAGCCUUGAUAUCGCGAAGGCCUUCGACAGGGUCUGGCAUAGGGCACUUCUGUCGAAGCUACCAUCUUACGGAAUCCCCGAGGGUCUCUGCAAGUGGAUCGCUAGCUUUUUGGAUGGGCGGAGCAUCACGGUCGUUGUAGACGGUGACUGUUCUGAUACCAUGACCAUUAACGCUGGCGUUCCACAAGGUUCGGUGCUCUCCCCCACGCUUUUCAUCCUGUAUAUCAAUGACAUGCUGUCUAUUGAUGGCAUGCAUUGCUAUGCGAAUGACAGCACGGGGGAUGCGCGAUAUAUCGGCCAUCAGAGUCUCUCUCAAAGCGUGGUGCAAGAGAGACGAUCAAAACUUGUGUCUGAAGUGGAGAGCUCUCUGGGGCGAGUCUCCAAAUGGGGUGAAUUGAACUUGGUUCAAUUCAACCCGUUAAAGACACAAGUUUGCGCGUUCACUGCGAAGAAGGACCCCUUUGUCAUGGCGCCGCAAUUCCAAGGAGUAUCCCUGCAACCUUCCGAGAGUAUUGGGAUACUUGGGGUCGACAUUUCGAGCGAUGUCCAGUUUCGGAGUCAUUUGGAAGGCAAAGCCAAGUUGGCGUCCAAAAUGCUGGGAGUCCUCAACAGAACGAAGCGGUACUUCACGCCUGGACAAAGGCUUUUGCUUUAUAAAGCACAAGUCCGGCCUCGCGUGGAGUACUGCUCCCAUCUCUGGGCCGGGGCUCCCAAAUACCAGCUUCUUCCAUUUGACUCCAUACAGAGGAGGGCCGUUCGGAUUGUCGAUAAUCCCAAUCUCACGGAUCGUUUGGAACCUCUGGGUCUGCGGAGGGACUUCGGUUCCCUCUGUAUUUUGUACCGUAUGUUCCAUGGGGAGUGCUCUGAGGAAUUGUUCGAGAUGAUACCGGCAUCUCGUUUUUACCAUCGCACCGCCCGCCACCGGAGUAGUUCAUCCGUACUACCUGGAGCCACUGCGGUCAUCCACAGUGCGUUUCCAGAGAUCUUUUUUGCCACGUACCAUCCGGCUAUGGAAUGAGCUCCCCUCCACGGUGUUUCCCGAGCGCUAUGACAUGUCCUUCUUCAAACGAGGCUUGUGGAGAGUAUUAAGCGGUAGGCAGCGGCUUGGUUCUGCCCCUGGCAUUGCUGAAGUCCAUGGGCAACGGUAACCACUCACCAUCAGGUGGGCCGUAUGCUCGUCUGUCUACAAGGGCAAUAAAAAAAAAAAAAAAAAUCUCAUAGGUAGUUCAUUGAUCCUUUUACUAAAAAAACAUUGGGGGCGAGAACGAAUGAGCUCUUUGAAGGCGGUUUGGACUGCCGCAUCGGGGUUGAUUUUUUCCUUGUAACAAGUUGUCCAGGGAGUACGCUGGAUGUCGCAGACAUUCCAAUUGUAGCUCAUCUAACUUAGUGGUUGUUUGUUGUGCAGUGUGUGGUCUUGUGUUGUUGUGAAUCAACAGCGCCCCUAGCGGCAAACGUACCUACGCAAACGAUCCCACUCCAUACAAAUAUGAGUUAACUUUUACGCUAUCGAGAACGUUAAAAAACUCGCACUAAGCACACUGAUUCACUUGAAAAUUGCACACGUGUCGAAAACUAACGAUAAAUUAACAAUCCUAUUACAUAUGUACUUUGGCAAAAUAUUAAUUUUUAUUUCGUGAAUAAUUUGGAAGCGUUUUUUUUUGUCAAUUGUUCAACUACGUACUUAUACUAUAAUAACCUUUCCAUAAAGCUAGUGAAUACAACAUAGAUAAUUUAUAUGAAUCGUAUCAAAAAACAACUAUGGUUAGGAAUUCCUUACACUAUAAAAAAAAUUACGAUACUUUUUUUGUAAUGCGAUUGGAGUUUGUUUAGCGUCGCGAAAACGGGCUCGACGGAAACUGCGGAGGGAGGGGUGGGGGGCUAGGGAUUGUCCAAUUCAAACUAAUUUAACUAACGGAUGAAAGAUACGUAAUCGCAUUAAGUACGAACAAACAAUCUUACAAAUAUUCGUCUAAUUGAAAUUUUGAUUAAUGAUAAUUUUAAGCAAAAUUGUACGUAAAACGCAAGUGCGACAGGCAUGCCAAACGGAUUAAUCAGUACUAUUAGUGUUUAAAAUGAAUAAAACACAUACCUAAUACAUUGUGAACAUAAUAUUAUUUAGUAUGUUUUGUGCAUUUAUUUUAUUGGACUAUUUUUGUAAAAUAAUCACUGUUAUAAUUUAUUCAAAUAUAAUUAAUAUUAAACAAA